UCCCUACAAAUUAUUGUUGCUUUAUACUUCAUAGUACUUCUACAAUUUAUUCAAGGAGCUCUUUCAUAUUUUUGCUCAUAAUCUAUCUAUCUUCUCCUCUUUCUUCCCUAAUGUUGGGGAAAAAGAAAAUCUCAUUUUAGCUUUAUGUUCAUUUUUUUGUAGGAUUUUUUUUUUUCCAACAAAAUGGGUCUCAAGAAACUCAUCCAAAUUCUGUGUUUUUGGUGUUUGAUAAAUGGUUGUCUGCUUCCUUUGCCAACUUCUGGGUUGGUGAGAAUCAGUCUUAAAAGAGUUCAUCAACAUCAUCAAACAAAUUUCAAUGAUAUUACAUCUGCAAGAAGGUUGGGAAUAAUAAAUGAAGUGGGUGUUGAGGACCUUGAUGUAAAUAGUGCUGAUUCAGGUGGAGAAAUUAUAUAUUUGAAGAAUUACAUGAACGCACAGUUCUGUGGAGAGAUUGGGAUCGGUACACCACAACAGAAAUUUGCUGUCAUAUUUGAUACUGCAAUUUCCAAUCUUUGGGUUCCUUCUGCAAAAUGCAACUCUACUGCUUGCCAUCUUCAUUCCAGGUUUGAGUCAAGCAAUUCCAGUACAUACACAAAGAUAGGAACACCUCAUGACAUUAAUUAUUCAGCACAAGCAAAAAUUAGUGGUUUCAUCAACCAGGAUAAUGUUGAAGUUGGAGGCCUACUUAUCAAGAAUCAAAUUUUCUUAGAAGCAACAAGUGAGGACAGCCCAUUAUUGCCACUUGCAAAAUUUGAUGGUGCAGUUGGGCUUGCAUUUCCAGAUGAUUCAGACAGCACCACAACUCCUAUAUGGCAUACAAUGGCAGAACAAGGCCUCUUAGAUAAGAAGAUUUUCUCAAUCUGGUUUAACCCAAAUCCAGAAGAAGAUUUAGGAGGAGAAGUAGGUUUUGGAGGAGUUGAUCCAAAACAUUUCAAGGGAAAACAUACAUAUGUUCCUGUUAUUCAAAACCAGCUGAAUCUAUGGCAGAUGGAAAUUGGAGAAUUUUUCAUUGGUAACCAUUCAUCUGGCUAUUGUCAGGAUGGUUGUGCUACUAUUAUUGACUCAGGAUCACCAGAACUUACAGGCCCUACAGUUGCUGUUAUUGAAAUCAACCACGCGAUAGGAGCAAAAGGUUUCAAAAGCAUGGAAUGCAAAGAGAUAGUUUCCCAGUAUGGGGAGAUGAUAUACGAUCUUUUAGCAUCAGGGGUGAAUCCUGAUAAAAUAUGUUCCCAGCUUAGUUUGUGUUCAAUCAACAGGGCCCGAAAUCUGAGGAAUGAUUUCAAGACAGUUCAGGUUAGAAAAACUAGAAAAGAACUUUCUUCAGUUGCGGACGAACUGUUAUGCAGUGCCUGUCAGAUGACAGUGAUUUGGAUUCAGAAUCAGAUGAAGCAGAAGAAAUCCAACAAAGAAAUACUGUCUUACGUUAGCAAGCUAUGCCAUAGCUUUCCAACCCCUUUAGGAGAUGCAGUAGUCCCCUGUGACUAUGAGUUUCUGCCGAACUUGACAUUCACAAUUGGAAACAGACCUUUCACGUUCACUCCUCAACAGUACAUUCGUACAACUGAAGUACACGGUAAAGUGGUGUGCCGAAGCCAAUUUUACGCAGUGGAUGUGCCAUCUCUUCCUGGCUUUUGGAGCCUAGGAAACGUUUUCAUGGGAGUUUACCAUUCUGUUUUCGAUUUUGGCAACCGACGAAUGGGCUUUGCUGAAGCUGUUUAGCCAGCUCUGUCCACUUAAAAGUGUCUUGUUUCACAGCUUACUGCUGGAUUUUGCAUUUCAUCUAUCCAAGUAUUCAGCAACAGCUUUACAGCGCUGGUAACCUGGUGCUAAGCAGUAUCCUAUAGUAAUCUGAUAAACAUUUCCUCCUAUAGUAGAAGUCAUUGGAACUGUUGUUUAAAGUUAGACAACUACUUGUAUUUCCAACUAUCUCAAUGGUUGUUCCAUAUUGUAUAAGCUCAUUGCACAAAUUAUAUACUACCUCCGUUUUCUAUUAUUUGCAACGAUUAGAUAUUUUCCUUCUCUACUUUAUGUCAAAUCGUUGCACAUAAUAAAAAACGGAGGUAGUAUUAAUUGUAAUAUAUCCUUUGUUUAAAGACUCAA